CGUCGUUUCGCUCACUCACUCGACGUCGCGAGCCUCUGUUUUUGGUAUAAGAUGACCUUUUCGCGGCGUCGUCCAGUGUUUAGGUUUUCCCUCCCCUUGUUCUCUGGCCACACACCCGCAUCAAAUAUCAACUCUACACCGCCGCCGCUCCGUUCUCUCAGCGGGCUCUUCCCGUUUUCCUUUCUGUUCUCUUCUUCGCUUCUUCUCUUCACCUUUGGAUCUCCUCCCAUUCCUUUGCCUUGCAUCACUCUUUUAUCUCCCUAUUAUAAUCGUGCUGGCACAUUUCGACACCAAGUCUCUGCGAGACCUUCACAAAGAUGCUUUCAUUCAAGGAUAUUAUCGUCGCUUCGGCCGUCCUGGCGGUGGCCCGGGGCCAUGCAGUCAUUCUUAAUGCUCAGGGAGAGGCGGGCUCGCCUGCCAGUAUUGGUUUCAAGGUCGACCCCAACAUUGCCCGCAACUGCACGGCCAUCAACCCCUGCCAGCAGGACGCCACUCUAAUCCGCGACGCCGAGAUCAACGCCAACAUCGUCAACGAGUGCGGACGCACCGAGAUCGCGGGCAAUAUCGACAUUGGCGAGAACACGGAGAACGCGCUAGCGGCCGGCCAGGUCACAAAGGUCAAGGCCGGCGGCGAGCUGACGGUCACCAUCCACCAGGUCAACGCCGACGGCGCCGGCCCCUUCGCCUGCGACCUCGACCAGACGAGCAACGCCCUCGGCGGCAGCGGCCAGGUCCCCCUCGAGGUCACUAACAACGUCCCCGGCGCCAACGGCUUCUCCCAGGUCAAGGCCCAGCAGUUCAACGUCACCGUUAAGCUGCCCGCCGACAUGAAGUGCACUGGAGCGUCCACCGGAAACAUCUGCACCGUCCGCUGCCGCAACAACGCCGUCGCCGGCCCCUUUGGCGGCUGCUUCCCCAUUGAGCAGACCGACGUGACGCCCACAGUGAACACGCCCCAGAACAUCCAGUCGCUCAAGACCCUGGACCUGGUCCUCGCGCAGCAGCAGGGCAACGUCGCCGACCUCCCGGCCGCCGUCAGAGCCAACCAGAUCGACGGCACCGAGCAGCAGAGGGCCGCCGCCGAGGCCGCCAGCAAGCUGCUCGGCACCCCGGACGUCGUCAUCAAGGAGUCCCCCGUCACGAACACGGGCCCCAGUGCCAACGCCAACCCCAACGCCGCCAACGGGACCGCUGAUGCUGGCGCUGCCGCCGGAGGUGCCGCUGGAGGCGCCGCUGGGGGCGCCCCUGCCGCUGAGGCUGGGAACACCAACAACAACAAGGUUGACGCUGGGGACGGCAACGACAACACGGGCACCGGACGUGGCCGCGGAAAUUCUGGUAGCAGGGGAAACAGCCGCAACCGCGGAGGCAACAACAACCAGAAGCGCGGGGAGGCCGGCCAGGCGCUCCGAUGGGCCAGGCGUUACGUGGUACCCGGCGCCGAGUUCCAGCCCGAGGUCGCCCCGUAAAUGGCACAUCCCCAUCGUUAUCACAGACGUUGAGAAGUUUCGGCUUCAUCGUUGUUCGCUCUUGACCAAAUUCAAACCUCUCUUCGCGACCUCUCUAUCUCUCUCUCUCUCUCUCUUCCUCUAAUCAGUGGUCUCUCUUGAUGGAAACAAAUUUCAAAACACACACACACACACACACACACACACACGAUACACACACCCCUCUUGUUUUGUUGAGCGCACAGAGACACGCACAAACGGUGAAACUCAAGGUUGUGGGAGAAGAGCCGAGAAAGUAAAUGGGCGGGGCAGGGAAGCGGACGCGAAGUGUGCUAUUCUGUUUCCUCGUUUUGUCAUUUCUUUUCUUACAUCAAACCCCCCACCCAAAAUACAUUUUGUUUAUACUUUUAUCGUGUGUAAACUUAUCUUAACAUGA